AUGUCCUUUCUAGACGAGAUCAUCCUCCAAGACGUUGCCAAGUACUGUCCAGAACAGUUUGUCAACUACCACAAAUGUGUCCAGUCACCAGAUAAGAAGCCGAUCGAUUGCGUUCCGAUGCAACUGGCGCUGCAACAGUGCGUCAGGAACGACGUGCCGUCCUUUCAAAAAAUUCAGCAGAAUUGCUCUUCUGCGAUAUCCCAAUACGAAGCGUGUCUGCGCGGAGGAGACUCAGCCAAAUGCUUGGACCAAUUGGAGUCCCUAAGACAGUGUGCCGUUAAACAAGUGCAAAGUACCCAAAAGCAGUAA